UACCUGCUGGACCAGACCGACGUGCUGGUGGUCGGGGUGCUGGGAUUACAGGGCACCGGCAAAUCCAUGCUGAUGUCUCUGCUGUCGGCUAACCAGCCUGAAGAAGAUCAAAGGGCCUACGUGUUCCGCACCCAAAGCCAGGAGAUCAAGGAGCGCGGGGGGAACCAGACCAGCGGCAUCGACUUCUUCAUCACCCAGGAGCGCAUCAUCUUCCUUGACACCCAGCCGAUUCUCAGCCCUUCCAUCCUGGACCAUCUCAUCAACAACGACCGCAAGCUGCCCCCCGAGUACAACCUGCCCCACACCUAUGUGGAGAUGCAGUCCCUGCAGAUCGCAGCCUUCCUCUUCACCGUCUGCCACGUGGUCAUCGUGGUGCAGGACUGGUUCACCGACCUCAGUCUGUACAGGUUCCUGCAGACGGCCGAGAUGGUGAAACCCUCCACACCCUCCCCCAGCCACGAGUCCACCGGCUCCUCGGGCGCCGACGAGGGCACGGAGUAUUAUCCCCACGUCG